AUGUCACAACCUCACGAAAAAGCUCUCAAAAAUGCCUUCGUCGGCGAAAGCGGAGGUGACAUGCCGGUGGUGUUUGAAACACAAUAUCAAGAGUCAGAUGGUCCAGCGUACACCGAGUCUAAGAGGACUUGGAGGUCAUUUUUCUGGUCGACGCUCGACGUCUCGGAGGAGGAAGCCCACUUCCUCACCAAGCUCGACUUGACGGUUAUAUCGGCGUCAGCUUUAGGCGUCAUGUGCCGGUACCUCGAUCAGGUCAACAUCACCAACGCUUUUAACAGUGGAAUGAAGGAGGAUCUGUCGCUUUACGGAAACGAGCUCAACUAUGCCAACGCCAUUUGGAGUGCAGCAUAUGUGUUUGGGCAGGUUCCUUCGAAUCUGCUGCUUACCCGAGUCAACGCCUCUCUUUACAUUGCGUUUCUUGAGCUAAGCUGGAGUGUCUUCACCUUUGCCCACGCCGGUGUCAAGAACGUCAACCAGCUCUACGUCUUCCGCUUCUUCGUUGGCUUGUUUGAAGCCGGUCACUUCCCAGCGGUCAUGUACAUAUGCUCGAGCUACUACAAACCUCACGAGCUGGCUCGACGCAAUACCUUGAUUCAGAUUUUCACCUCGGUCGGGCCUCUCUUUUCAGGUUUCUUGAUGGCGGCGGUGCAUACCGGGCUGGACGGAGCCAACGGUCUGGCCGGGUGGCGGUGGAUGUACAUCGUCUGCGGUUGUAUCUCGGUCCCUUGCGCCAUCUGGACCGCCUUUGCAAUGCCUCAGCUUCCUGCCCGAGCAAAGGCUAACUGGAUCUUCACCGAGGAGGAAAUCAAGUUGGCUCGCUCCAGGAUGCCCUCUGAGGUCAAACCUCUAACCGGGCUGUUCAAGUGGAAGGAUAUUAAGCGCUGGCACACUACGUGGCACGUUUACCUCUUUCCCCUGUUCUUUGCGUUCCUGUCUCAGUUUGGCCAGUCCGGAGGAUCCAUGAUUUUCUGGGUCAAGAGCUACAAUGUCAAGGGAAAGCCGCCUGUCUUUUCGGUCGCUGAGAUUAACAUCAUUCCUCUUGGCAUAAACUUCAUUACUAUUUUCUGCACUCUUCUCAAUGCAUGGAUUUCGGACAGCUUGCCCGGCUCGUCUAGGUGGCCUGGUAUGGUGUUCGCGAGUGUGAUGUCGAUCAUCUUUCCAAUCGCCCUUGCUAGCACGCCUGUCCACCCUCCGAACAUAGGAACUCGAUGGACCCUUUAUUACCUCACCGCUCUCGCGGGAACAGCUGCCGGCAUUACUUGGACCUGGGUGAACGAGGUGAACAGACAUGAUCCAGAAAAGCGGGCGUACAUCUCUGCUUUGAUGAACGCGUUUGCAUAUAUCUUCACCGCAUGGGUUCCCAUCUUCACCUUCCCAACUAACCUACAGCCGUACAUCGUCACCGGUAACUACAUCACCGCCGGGUUUGGGGCAGCGGCCGUAGUCACCGCUCUCGUCAUCCGGUACCACUACAACCGGGAUCUCAAGAGGCAGCAUCAGCAGCGCUCAACAUCGCCAGAAAACAGUGAAGCUCUGGAGUACAAGUGAUUAGACAAACGUGUGUGGAGCAUG